ACCUUCAGUAACAGAAUGGAUCGCUGCAAGAAAAUCCUAAAGCCAUUCCGAAGUCCCAAAGCCGAUGCUCGGAUGUCUCCGCCAACGCGCAAGUGCCCCGGGUACCAGUACCUAUACCUGGCCUACACCACAACAACACUCAGGAACUUGAUGAUGGGGAACAGCAACACGUCGGAAUUCCAAAAUGCCGUCGAAAAAACAGCAAAAAAGACUCAACAGGGAGGCAGGCGAUGGGCUGGCAAUGGAGGGAGCGCUGGUGAAGACCCCCCGGAUUUCCUCGUGAAAUUAGCUAAGAUUCUUGUGCAAAAGUCUCUGGCUGAAGAUAAUAUAGAUGGCAUUACUGAAAAUGUGUUCCUUAAAUAUAUUUGUAAGGCCAACAAACCACUUGGUCACAGGCUGUUCCAGCACCUGGUCAGACACUGGCAGGAGGAGAACUCAAGUAAUGAAGUCCAAGAGAAGGCAAACUUUGGGGAUUUGUUGUCUAGGUCUGCAUUCAUAGCAUCAUCACACUAUAUCCUGGGACUCCUGUCAGAUAGUGAACAACUGGAGUUCUACAUUCAGGUGUUUGCUGGAGAUGAGGAAAAGAUCAGUCAAGGAAAUCUAUAUGAACUAGUCUUUGCUGCCUACCAUAUAAGCAAAGUCGCUCAUCAAACAUGCUGCCUUCCAGAUGAUAUUUUGAUGGCAGUAGUUAAAGCAGCAAUGCAUGGGAAGGAAAGUGUGAGCAAGAAGUACCUGCAUGGCUGGGUAUCGCACAACUGCCCCCGCUUGGUCAUGUGGGUCCAUAAGUACAUCACACACAUGUUGACAGUGGGUCACCGCACCAUUCCUGAUAACACCAAUGAAGAUGAGGAUGACACAGAUACACCCAUCCUAGACUGCCCAAACAAGUCGUCUUGUAUCACAUUACACCCUGCGCUAAUCUGGCUGCUGACCUGCACCCUGCCAACCCUCUACAGCAAACAACAGAAGAGUCUCCCGGCUUCCAAUUCUCUCUUACUUGAUCCACACAUCUUUAUCGAUAGAAUGAUUUCUGCAAUUUCUGCAAUUUCUGCUGUAAGUCCUACACACUGGGUUCCUCUGUAUAACAGCGACAACCAUGGCCUCAGUAUUAACAGAUUCCAGCACCAUGUGUUUGGCUACCAUGGGCCUACUCUGAUGCUCAUAACCGCAGAAGGAGGAAAUAUGUUCUGCCUCGCCAGUGACGAAGCCUGGAGAGAUUCAAAGCACUUUUGGGGUUCUGACCAUUGUCUUUGCAUGCAUCUAACUCCUGAAUACAGAGUUAUUGAAAGUGGACCAAAGAUGAUGUACUUCAAUGUAACGUCAAGGGGGUUUCCGACGGGCAUCCACAUAGGAACUGACAGUACAAACCGUGCGUUGACUGUGGAUUUAAACCUCAGUUUAGUCACCUAUCGCAGAAUACCCUAUAAGUUGUUUUCCAUAGGGGUGAAACUACUGAAGCUAAAGAGGCACAGGUCGAGCAGAAGAAACGGGAGGUGAGGGACUCGGAAAACAGGAGGAAGGUUAAUCUUAACACCGUAGACUGGGUGGACAACCCUGACCGUUACCUCUUGGAAUUGGCAGGCGGAAGACCCACUUAUGCGCAGUAUGAUAAAAAGACAAAUGAAAAGAAGACAAACACCUAAGA